AUGGACAAACCCCUUCUGCCUGGACCAGAAGAUAUUGUAAUGGCCACCCCUCCCAGCUCGUUCCCCCAGGAGCCUCUCAGCCCCCCCAGGCCCAACCACUCCCUCAAGCCCAACCAGGUGGGCCAGGUGGUGCUGUACGGAGUGCCCAUCGUGUCGCUGGUCAUCGACGGCCAGGAGCGCCUGUGCCUGGCGCAGAUCUCCAACACGCUGCUCAAGAACUACAGCUACAACGAGAUCCACAACCGCCGCGUGGCGCUGGGCAUCACCUGCGUGCAGUGCACGCCCGUGCAGCUGGAGAUCCUGCGGCGGGCGGGCGCCAUGCCCAUCUCCUCGCGCCGCUGCGGCAUGAUCACCAAGCGCGAGGCCGAGCGCCUCUGCAAGUCCUUCCUGGGCGAGAACGCGCCGCCCAAGCUGCCCGACAACUUUGCCUUCGACGUGACGCACGAGUGCGCCUGGGGUUGCCGCGGCAGCUUCAUCCCCGCCCGCUACAACAGCUCGCGCGCCAAGUGCAUCAAGUGCUCGUACUGCAACAUGUACUUCUCGCCCAACAAGUUCAUCUUCCACUCGCACCGCACGCCCGAGGCCAAGUACACGCAGCCCGACGCCGCCAACUUCAACUCCUGGCGCCGCCACCUGCGGCUGACCGACAAGACGCCCGCCGACGAGAUGGUGUUCGCCUGGGAGGACGUCAAGGCCAUGUUCAACGGCGGCAGCCGCAAGCGGGCGCUGCCGUCCGGCCACUGCGGCCCCAUGGGCUCGGUCAAGUCCAUGGGCUCCGUGCUGCCGCACAUGAUCUCGCCGGACCUCGGGCCCAAGCGCGGGCGCUUCGAGGAGGACGAGGACCUGGACGCCAGCGGCCUGUCGCCCCACAAGAGCGCCCGCAGCUACCCGGUCAUCCCAGUGCCCAGCAAGGGCUUUGGCAUGCUGCAGAAGUUCCCCGCCACCUCGCUCUUCCCGAGCCCGUACCCGUUCCCGGCCUUCGGCCUGUGCCCGCAGAAGAAGGACGAGGGCGAGGCCGCGGGCGGUCAGAAGAACACCGGACUCUCCGGCCUGCUCUGGCCCGCGCGCAAAGACGCCUUCUACCCGCCCUUCUGCAUGUUCUGGCCGCCCAGGGCCGCGGGGGGCAUCCCCGUGCCCACAUACCUCCAGCCGCAGCCCAACGCGCUGACCUCUCUGACCGACAGCCCCUCGCUCAGGCAGGCCUUCCUGGACCUCUCCGAGCAGGGCGAGGCGGCGGCCGGAGGGCUGGGCGGCGGUGGUGGUGGUGGUGCGCCUCGGUCGGGGCUGUUCGACGCCGACUGCCCGACGGUUGGCGCGACCCCCGACCUGCGCCCGGCGUCCGAGGGCUGGCUCAAGCUGCUGGACGCUCCGUCUCUGCAGGCGCGCAAGGCCAGCUACCACUCGGCCUUCCGGCCCGUCGUCAAGGACGCCGAGAGCAUCGCCAAGCUCCACGGCAGCCUGGAGGAGUUCGAGGGCACGGGCGCGGGCGCGGGCGCGGCAGACAGAGCCCACCUGUCCCCCGGCACCAGCUGCAGCUACCAGAGCGGCGAGAGCGGCGAGAGCGACGAGGAGCAGGAGGUCGACGUGGAGACCAAGCAGGACGAGGAGCAGGAAGACUUCGCCCUCCGGCCGCAAUCCCAGCAUCCCCAGCCGCCGCCGCCGUCCCAGCAGCCCUUGCACCUGCGCGGCCUCCCCGACAGCGCGGGCGAGAGGCGGAAAGAGCCGGAACACUUCCCCAUCGCCGCCGUCGUCGCCCCCGACAACGCCAACGACAAGCCAGGCCUGCCUGCUGUCAGUCCGACUGCCACUCUCAAGGUCCCCAGCCCCAUCCACUCUCCGCUGGAGGACAUGGCGUACAAAAAUGUCCUCAAGAGCCGGGAGGAUGGACUGCCUGCUUACGCAACCAAAGAAAGCACCAACCAUUCAGACGAAAACAAAGAACAGACAAAUUUCUUCGGGUCUGAGACAGAGUCCUCUGGACAAGAAUACUGGCGGGAGGCUCCAGGAGAGCAAAAUCAGGAUUCACAUUCCCCAGUGGUGUCACUCAAAAAGGACGUAGAGAACAUGGAAAAAGAGGAGCUGCAGAAGGUUCUCCUCGAGCAGAUUGAUUUGCGGAGAAGACUAGAGCAAGAAUUCCAUGCGCUGAAAGGCAGUUCCCCGUUCCCAGUUUUCCAUAAUUUCCAGGACCAAAUGAAGAGGGAGCUGGCUUACCGGGAGGAGAUGGUGCAACAGCUACAGAUGAUCCCCUAUGCAAACAUACUCAGAAAAGAAAAAAUCGGAACACACCUCAGCAAGAGUUAA